AAUCCACUCCAGGGCUUGGAGCGGCUUCACUAAGUGGAGGAAAAUCCUGCCAUCGGGAUGAUAUUGAUCACAUAGCACAACCGAGUGACACUUUGGGUUGGUAUUUUGGGGUUGUGUUUACAAAGGGUUAUGUUUCUUUUUUUAAACUGUCCUGUCUUGGCAAUGUGAAGUCGACGGUUUUACAGCAGGCAGCGUAGCACGCUGGUGUUGGCGAUCGCAUUGUGUGGAGAAGCUUUCCAAAAAAGAAAGAAAGAAAAAAAAAAAGCGAUGCAUUUAGUCAUAAGUACCUUGCAGAGCAUGACGAUCAGAGUGAUAAUUCAGCACAUGGACUGUUAGCAGAUGGUGGUUACUGAAGUUUGAGUUGGUUGACCCUCAGCUUUUGCCUCACAUAGCCAGACCCUCUGGGAGAGAUGAGACUUGCAUUUUGUGGUAAUGACAAUGCCUCAGCCUACAACAUCAGUGCUGGUGUCCUCAGGAACGUCUGCUUUGUGGAUGCCCUCAACUUGGUCCCUCAUGUCUUCCUGCUGUUUAUCACCUUCCCAAUUUUGUUCAUUGGCUGGGGAAGCCAGAGCUCCAAAGUGCAGAUUCACCACAAUACUUGGCUGCACUUCCCUGGGCACAACCUGCGGUGGAUCCUGACGUUCACCCUGCUGUUCAUGCACGUGUGUGAAAUAGCAGAGGGGAUUGUUUCCGAUACACAAAUGAAAUCUCGCCACCUGCAUCUCUUUCUACCAGCUAUAAUGGGAUUUGUGGCUGCCACUGUAUCCAUAGUCUAUUACCAUAAUAUUGAAACAUCCAACUUUCCAAAGUUACUGCUAGCCCUGUUCCUUUACUGGAUAAUGGCCUUUGUCACCAAAACCAUCAAGCUUGUCAGAUACUGCCAGGACGGGGUGCCUUUUUCUCAGCUGCGUUUCUGCAUCACUGGAAUCAUGGUCAUCCUCUAUGGGCUGCUGAUGGCCGUGGAAAUCAAUGUCAUCCGAGUCAGGAAGUAUGUGUUUUUUAUGAACCCUCAAAAAGUAAAGCCUCCAGAGGAUCUGCAGGAUCUGGGGGUGAGGUUCCUGCAGCCAUUUGUCAAUUUACUCUCAAAGGCAACUUAUUGGUGGAUGAACGCCCUCAUUAUUUCUGCUCACAAGAAACCUGUGGACUUGAAGGCCAUUGGGAAGCUCCCAAUUGCAAUGAGAGCACUGACAAAUUAUGUCUGUCUCAAAGAAGCCUACGAGGAACAAAAGAAAAAGGUGGAGGACCAUCCCAACCGGAGUCCCUCCAUUUGGUUGGCCAUGUACAGCGCUUUUGGACGGCCAAUACUGCUCAGCAGCACCUUCCGCUACCUGGCCGACCUGCUGGGCUUCGCUGGGCCACUCUGCAUUUCUGGUAUUGUCCAGGGCUUCCAGAAUACAACCAAUAAUACAAACACCACAGAAAAGGUGAAGGAUCCAUCAAACUCCUACCUUUCAUCAGAGGAAUUCCUCAGGAAUGUUUAUGUCUUGGCAGUCCUUCUCUUCCUGGCUCUUAUCCUGCAGAGGACAUUCCUGCAGGCCUCCUAUUAUGUGACUACAGAGACUGGCAUCAACCUCCGGGGUGCCUUACUGGCAAUGAUAUAUAAUAAGAUCCUGAGGCUUUCUACAUCCAACUUGUCCAUGGGAGAGAUGACACUGGGACAAAUCAAUAAUUUGGUUGCCAUAGAAACCAACCAAUUAAUGUGGUUCUUGUUCCUGUGCCCCAAUCUGUGGGCAAUGCCUGUUCAGAUAAUAAUGGGUGUGAUCCUCCUCUAUAACCUUCUGGGAGUAAGUGCCUUGGUCGGAGCCUCUGUCAUCGUGCUCUUAGCUCCCAUCCAGUACUUCAUAGCCACCAAGCUGGCUGAGGCUCAGAAGAGCACUCUUGACUAUUCUACUGAGAGGUUAAAGAAAACCAAUGAGAUACUCAAGGGCAUUAAGCUAUUAAAGCUGUAUGCCUGGGAGCACAUAUUUUGUACGAGUGUGGAAGAAACAAGAAUGAAAGAGCUCACCAGUCUCAAAACCUUUGCACUUCAUACAUCUCUUUCCAUUUUUAUGAAUGCAGCCAUACCAAUAGCAGCUGUUCUUGCAACCUUUGUGACUUAUGCAUACACAAAUGACAAGCCACUGCAGCCUGCCCAGGCAUUUGCAUCCCUGUCACUGUUCCACAUCUUGGUCACACCUCUGUUUCUGCUCUCCACCGUGGUUCGUUUUGCAGUCAAGGCCAUUGUGAGUGUACAGAAGCUGAAUGAGUUUCUCCUGAGUGAUGAGAUUGGAGAUGACAGCUGGAGAGGGGGGGACAGCUUUGUACCUUAUGAAUCCUGUAAGAAGCACACGGGACUUCACACCAAGGCCAUCAACAGGAGGCAGCCCCUGAGGUAUCAGCUUGAAAGCUAUGAGCAGCCUGCAAGGAAGCAGACACAGCCUGUGGAGAUAGAUGAUGUGGCCAUUAAGGUGACCAAUGGAUACUUUUCAUGGGGAAGUGGUUUAGCUACACUGUCCAACAUAAACAUUAGAAUCCCAACAGGUCAGAUGACAAUGAUUGUGGGCCAAGUUGGCUGUGGCAAGUCUUCACUUCUCCUUGCUAUAUUGGGAGAGAUGCAAACCCUGGAGGGAAAAGUUCACUGGAGCAAACUGCCUGGCAGACAGAUGAAUGCAGAAGGAGACUUCAGUGUAAAUGAAACUGAACCUUCUGUUGAAGCAUCCAGAAGUAGGAACAGGUACUCCGUGGCUUAUGCAGCUCAGAAGCCGUGGCUGCUCAAUGCCACCGUGGAGGAGAACAUAAUCUUUGGCAGCCCCUUUAAUAAGCAGAGAUACAAGGCUGUUACAGAUGCCUGUUCUCUGCAGCCUGAUAUUGACUUACUGCCAUUUGGUGACCAGACAGAAAUUGGAGAAAGGGGGAUUAAUUUAAGUGGAGGCCAACGACAGAGAAUCUGUGUAGCUCGAGCACUCUACCAGAACACCAACAUUGUCUUCUUGGAUGACCCAUUCUCUGCACUGGACAUUCACUUAAGUGAUCAUUUAAUGCAGGAGGGGAUUUUGAAGUUUCUGCAAGAAGAUAAGAGGACUCUUGUUCUGGUGACACAUAAAUUACAAUAUCUGCCACAUGCUGACUGGAUCAUAGCAAUGAAGGAUGGAAUGGUGCUUAGAGAAGGGACCCUAAAGGAUAUCCAAAACAAGGACGUUGAGCUAUAUGAACACUGGAAAACUCUGAUGAAUCGCCAAGAUCAAGAGUUGGAAAAGGAUAUGGAAGCUGACCAGACAACUCUUGAGAGAAAAACCCUUAGAAGGGCCAUGUACCCCAGAGAAUCCAAGUCACAACUGGAAGAUGAAGAUGAAGAGGAGGAAGAGGAAGAAGAUGAAGAUGAUAACAUGUCAACUGUCUUGAGGCUCAGGACAAAGAUGCCAUGGAAAACCUGUUGGAGAUAUCUAACCUCUGGAGGAUUUUUCUUGCUCUUUCUGAUGAUUUUCUCCAAGCUGUUGAAACACUCAGUUAUUGUGGCCAUAGAUUACUGGCUUGCUACGUGGACAUCCAUGGACAAUACAAACAAAGCCAGGAAUGCUGAUGAGGAUAAGAGCACAGAGAAGACUUAUCAUGUAGCUGUCUUCAGCAUCCUCUCUGGAGCUGGGAUUGUCCUUUGCCUCAUCACAUCCCUGACUGUGGAGUGGAUGGGCCUCACAGCAGCCAAGAACCUACACCACAAUCUCCUCAACAAGAUCAUCCUUGGACCAAUCAGAUUCUUCGAUAUGACUCCGCUGGGGCUAAUUCUGAAUCGCUUCUCUGCUGAUACAAAUAUCAUUGAUCAGCACAUCCCUCCCACACUGGAGUCUCUGACCAGAUCCACCUUGCUGUGCCUGUCAGCCAUUGGGAUGAUCUCCUAUGCCACUCCAUGGUUCCUUGUGGCUCUUGUGCCCCUGGGCAUAGCAUUUUAUUUCAUCCAGAAAUACUUCAGGGUUGCUUCCAAGGACCUCCAGGAACUUGAUGACAGCACCCAGCUCCCUCUGCUGUGUCACUUCUCUGAGACAGCUGAAGGCCUUACCACCAUCAGAGCAUUCGGGCACGAAGCCAGAUUUAAACAACGUAUGCUGGAGCUGACGGACACGAACAACAUUGCCUACUUAUUUCUGUCAGCUGCCAACAGAUGGCUGGAGGUCAGGACGGAUUAUCUGGGUGCUUGUAUUGUCCUGACUGCUGCUGUCACUUCCAUCACUGAAGGGCCACACUCGGGGUUCGUGGGCCUGGGUCUCCUGUAUGCCCUGACGAUAACCAACUACCUGAACUGGGUAGUGAGGAAUCUGGCUGAUCUGGAAGUGCAGAUGGGUGCAGUAAAAAAAGUACACAGCUUCCUGAACAUGGAGUCAGAGAACUACGAAGGCUACCUGGAUCCCUCUCAAGUCCCCAAAGACUGGCCCCAGGAGGGGGAAAUCAAGAUUGAAAAUUUGUGUGUUCGCUAUGAAAACAACCUGAAGCCUGUUCUGAAGCAUGUGAAAGCCUAUAUCAAGCCAGGACAAAAGGUUGGGAUCUGUGGUCGCACUGGUAGCGGCAAGUCCUCCCUGUCCUUGGCAUUCUUCAGAAUGGUGGACAUUUUUGAUGGGAGGAUAGUGAUUGAUGGGAUAGACAUCAGCAAAUUGCCUCUGCACACGCUCCGGUCCCGGCUCUCCAUCAUUCUCCAGGACCCAAUCCUGUUCAGUGGCUCCAUCCGCUUUAAUUUGGAUCCCGAAUGCAAGUGCACUGAUGACAGACUCUGGGAAGCUCUGGAGAUUGCUCAGUUGAAGAACAUGGUCAAGUCAUUGCCCGGAGGCCUUGAUGCCAUGGUCACAGAAGGAGGGGAAAACUUCAGUGUGGGGCAAAGGCAGCUCUUCUGUCUGGCCCGAGCCUUUGUCCGCAAGAGCAGCAUCCUCAUCAUGGAUGAAGCCACAGCAUCUAUUGACAUGGCCACAGAAAACAUCUUGCAGAAGGUUGUGAUGACGGCCUUUGCUGACCGCACAGUUGUAACAAUAGCGCACCGGGUUCACACCAUCCUCACUGCAGACCUGGUCAUCGUCAUGAAGCGAGGGAAUAUUCUGGAAUAUGAUACUCCUGAGAACCUGCUUUCCCAGGAAGGUGGCAUCUUCACUUCCUUUGUCCGGGCUGACAUGUGAACAGCCACACAAUGCAUUUUAACAGCUUAUUUUUAAACAGAUGAAAUGCAAAUAUUUUCUACUCAGUGUAAUGUCACUUUUACCUUUUUUGUUUGGUUUUGUUUUUUAGAACUUCUUUCUCCACACUUUCGUCUUCCAAAAUAAUAAAGCCUAUUGCAAUACAUGUAUGCCUUGAAACAAUAAAAAUGUCACUUUAUUCAAAGCUAUUAAACUUCACACACACACACACACACACACACACAAAGGGAGAAGUUUGGCAUUUUCCUUAGACUUUUUAUUGACUUUAUUUUUGUUUAAAGAGAGAAAAAGAAUGCACUGAUCUUAUAAACUGCAUAUGUUAUGCUGGAACCAGCAAUCAAAUAGUGCAGUUUGUCAAGGAAGCAAGAGGUUCCCCAGAUGCAUUCUGUCCCCAGAGGGAAAAAUUAGGAAAAACAUCCAAGCCCAUAACACUUGGGGCAAUCUGCUGCAUUCCAAAGGCAUAAACUUUGCUCUCCAAGUUGUAGCAGAGGGGCAGUGAAUGAGGGAAAGGAAUUUCAUCAGGAAUAAGGAUAUUCUUCCUGUCCUUCACUUUAGUAAGCACACUUCAGUCGUGACAGAACUAUUUUCAGUGCAAUGAUGGUUUAUUCCUACAGUCAGUUCCUAAAUCCAUAUUCAUUCUUCUAAAUUUCACUAAAGAUUCAAAUCGUCCUAUGAUUAUGCAUGCUUUGAUAAGCUUAUAGAGGAAUUUUGUACAGUAUCUCAAGACUUUGCAUUAAAAGUUAUCUGAAUUUAUAAACUUGAUAUUAGCCAAUCCUUUAAUCAUGUCUACUAAAAUAUUCUGCUUAAAAUGGCAUGUAAUUAGCCAACCCCUAAUUGUUUUAUGUGUCUUUAGUCCUUCAAGUUAUAUUUGGGGACAGCCUUUAUUUUCCUUUAUAUAUUUGUGGCCUACAUCUAAAUCAGAUCUAGUGCAAGGAGGUGUGAUUUUCAAAUUAUUGCUAUAUCCUCAAGAAUGUAGAUGAAGUUAGACACAUAUUUACAUCAGGCAGCUUUGCAAAGGUUGCCUGCACCCGACUUUCACACAUAGCUUGAUCCUGACCCAUGGGCAGUAAACAUCCAGAAGGAGUUUCACAGGCAUAUUUUCAAUGGUAUAGCUUUCAAGGUGUUUCUUAUUCACCUGCUGCUACAACAUUUAAGAAGACCACUAAGAGCACUUAAGCCUAUUUAUAGUGCAUUAAAAUAACAUAAAGCACAGCAUUUCCCCCCCCCCCCCAAAAAAAAAAAAAAAAGCAAUAAUUUUGGAGAAGUUGUAGAACUUGAAAUUGGGCUUCCAUUUAGUCUCACAGUGCAAAAAAAUGAUAAAGUUGUUUAUCUUUUAAAAUUGAUUUUUGGAAAUUUUUAUUUUCUCUGAAUUAUUGAAAAUAAAAACUGUGUGACACAACUAAACCAAAGAGCUCGGUCUUGAACAUUUUAUGAGGGGAAGUACUUCUGUGAUUUCCCUGUCUGCCACUGUGAAAGCAUUUUUGUUCUUUUCUGGAUUAAUUCCUCAUGCUGACCUUUGUCAUUCAAAUAAAAUACAUUUUAAAAAAGCAGAUGCCUGCAGCAGAAGCACAUAUUGUUAUCCAAAUUUCAUGGCCAAAAGGCCAAAAUUAUUCUUGAUUUAAUUUAAUUGUCUUCAGUGAAAAGAUAAUUGGAUUCCCUGCUGUCAGACUGGGUAUAAAGAUGAAGCACAAAAAGUUUUGUUGACCUGUGUGUCUUUGAUAGUAAUGCAAUCCUGAUUUAUUUUAAGUGGUGCCAGCCAGUUCAAUGAGAUCCAUGUUCCCACUGCAUUAAAGGUUGCCAUGGGCCUGGGUCUGUGUCUUGUAAUACUUAAGAGGGGCCAAUAAUUAUCACCUCUUUUCUAUUAGGUUUGUCCCAGAGCCAUUGCAGGUGUGAGAAGCACCUUCUUUGCUCACCCCCGGCUUUAGAAGUGAACUCUGCUACUUGAACACGUAGAAAACAAAAUAGAUAUGUGAGAAAAGGAAUACAUGAUGGGGUGAGAGAACCUCAUCAUGUUCCAUUUGUUUGGAGGGAGGAGUGCAGGAAUAUUGGCCCCAGUGUUAGAUUCACCAUGGCUGAAGCAUUGGGUGACUGCUGCAGCGUGUCCCACUGCCGCCCAGCAGGUUUAAAAGCACAAUCCCAUUUCUAAAACAUGAAUCCUGUUCAACAUACACAAAUCUUACAAGACAACAAACAUAAACCACCUGCUGCAGACACGGGAGAUCUCCUCCCAUUAUAGCUGCUGUCCACAAUUACAAAUUCCCCAAGGGCUUAGGCUGAACAUUUUUUGUGUUUUCCUCUAAAGGAGGAGGGUGUUGCCAAUGGUUGCACAGCUGUUUUGUUACUGAAAAAGGUGCAGAAGGGAUGAAAUCUUUGAAAAAAAUGUCUUAUGAUUUCAUGUAAAGGUCUGAAGUGUGUUCUGUUUAGGGAGCAGUUUCCUAAGGCUGCCACAUGCACAGUAAAGGAAACAUCAGCCUGAAGACUCUUUCUUUGAUUCUUGUCACACUGCCUCUUCUGCUGGUAGGCCCUUCUUCUCUUCCGCAGCCCUCUUGCUCUUUUUUCUUCACCAUCUCCUUGUGUCAUAGACCUUUGAGGCUCCUGCUUUUAUCUCUGGAUUCUCCUUAUUCUGCCUAUGCCCUUCCACUCCUUCCCAGGUGAGCCCCAUGCCCUUUGCCCCAUUUCCUCUCUCACACAGCUCUGCACUCACGCUCCUUUCCUCUUUCCUGUCCUUCUUUCAUAACACCCCCGCUCUUCAGGGGAACACUUACUCUAGUGACAUCGUGUUUUGGGGUUGGUUUGUUUUUCUAAGCAUUAAACCAAGCAAGCUUUCAGUAUUGUGAUACUGUGCUUCAGAAAUAUGAAGUUCUUCUUUCUUCAAAGGAGCUUUAAAUGUGAGCACUGGCUAUGUGUAAAUUUAACUAUGGACAGAGGAAAGACAUCUCUGUGACAGAUUCUAAAUAAUAUUUCUCAUUCCAUCUGCAUUCUUUUUCUGUUAACUGUUUCUGGGAGAGAAACAGCAAAGUUGUUGCUGAUCGUAGAAUCACAAAAUGGUUUGGGUUGGGAGGAACCAUAAAGCUCCUCUUGUUCCACCCCC